AUGUAUGGUCCUGGUGAUCCCACUAAAAUCACCGGCCUUCCCCUCUCCAAGAAGGACGUCGUCCGCAAGGCCAAGGAUCGCUUCCCCACCAUUCACGCAGAGCGGCGAGGCCCUUGCGUGAAGCGUGCGCUUGAUUCUUUCGAUCCAGAUCCGCCAGCGGGCUCUGAGAGUUCCGCGAGGACCUCAACCCCUCCUCCUCACUCAAGCCCGGCACCUUCUGGUGCCGGCAACACCUCUGCCUCCCCUCUGGGGGGCACUACAAGUUCGGGGCGUGCGGCCCCUACACCGCCUGAACACCGCACGGAGGAGGAGUUCGUCUCCCCUCCCGAAAACCAAGAUACCGACGCCAGCAACAUCGGCGCCGAGGAAGAAGCUGCUGGGCGGGCGGAACCUUUGGUUCCUCCCGUCCUUGAAAAGAAGAAAACUUCCGCGCCGGGAACUUCCAACCUGGGUGACGCGCCUAGCGCUCCCCCAUCUCCACGAACUGCUCCAACGCCACCGCCGGAUGCCCCUCGCACGAAGCCAUCCGGGGCUGCUCCAACUGCGCCGCCGCCCAAGACUUCCAAGCUCAUCAAGGGGAAGGCGACGGCCUCCAACGCCCCUUCCGGUGAUCAGCAGCCCCUGGUGCUGCACGUCUCCAAGGCCGCCAGCGCUGCUAGCGAGAAGGCCACCGGCCUGCUCGGCCGGAUCACUGAGUUCCAGCGCGGGGGCCGGGAGCUGGGGCAUCUGCUGCCCUACGCCCAGAAGUGGAACGCUGCGGAUAUGACUCCGGCGACCCGCGGUAUGGGCAAGGAUAGGCUGCCGGCACCUGACCCUGUUGGGGACCGGUCUUCCGAGGAGCACUUCAUGCGGCUUCGCCGCGCCGUGAAGGAGCUCGACAGCGCGUGGUACGAUUCCACGAACAAUCUGAGGCUCACGGCUGACGCUCGGAAGGUCCUCUUUGAGGAGCUUCUAUGGGAGCAUCGGGAUCUUGCUGAGGCACAUGACAAGUGCCAAGUGAUCCCGGAAGCUUCCAUUGAAGCCCUCAAGGAGCAGCUCGCCGCCGCCCAACGGGAGAAGGAGCAGCUCAUCCGGCAGCACCAGGAGGAGCUUGGCGCUCAGAAGACCAGCUACCAGGAGCUCAAGGCUCAGCUCAUCCAGCUGGGUCUUGACCAUGCCAAGGCGCUAAAGGCUGCUGAAGCCGACGCAGCGGCCAAGAUGCAUGAAGCUCUUGAGGAUGCCGGCAACUCCAAUAUGGUGUUGCAGGCCGAGCUGGAGGAGGCCGCCAAGGCGCUGAAAACUAUCGAGGAUAAGGCCGCGCGGCUGGAGGCGGAGCAGAAGGAAUAUGACCGGUUAAUCACGCAAACUGAUGCGCAUGCCUUCCGCCUCUUCCCGGAAUCCCAGACGUUUGCCAUAAAGAGGGUUGAGGAGCACCGCGUUGGCCAGGCCCAGGCGAAUCUUGGCGUGCCAUGGACCCCCUAUGACCAUCUGGUUGCGCUGAACGCGCGGGUGUCUCACAUGCGCGCCAUUGAUCGGAAUCUCUCUGAUAUUCCUGAUGUAGCCACCCAGCUCUUCAGGACUCUGUGGCCUGGCGAAGUGGUGCCAGAUACCUUCACCUUGAUGAGCGACCGCCUCAAGGGUGCCGGCAAGAGGAUCCGCGAAUGGCAGUGCUCCGCUGCCCGCGCUGGGGCAGAUUCUGCACUCCGCGUCGCCUGCUCUUGGUAUCCGGAGUUGAACCUGGACGCCCUCACCGGAGUGCGCGAAGGCGCGGAAACCGAUCUGGACCCGAUCCUCACCGCCAAGCGGCAAGAUCGCGCGUACCACAUCGCGGAGUACGCCGACAUGCGCACCUUCAUCCCUCCCCCUCCUGACAUCAAAGACUAUCUCGACGAGGAGGAGGAUGAAGCCGAUGAGGAGCCUCUGGACGAUGCUGGUGCUGGCGAUGCUCCUCCGGAAGCCCCCGCCGCUCGAUGAUCUUCUGCUAAAUGUUUGCCUGUGAUAUGUCUGUUGGUCCUGCUUGUCUUAAAACAAUGCCCGUUAAAUUCUACCCCGGUA